AUGAGGGUGUUAAUAUUAUUAGGUGUUCUGUAUAUAGUGGCGAUAUGUAGCGCCUACGAGGCAGAGGAUCAGGCAGUCGCAGCCAGCAAACAUGAGCACGGUGGUGGCCACGAUCAUCAUGAACAUCAUCACCACGAGCAUGGCGACAAAGGGCACAAGGGCCACAAAGGUCAUCACCAUCAUCACAAAGGCGAUGAAGGACAUUAUGGCAAGCACCAUCAUGAGGAUCAUCAUCAUGAGCAUGGUGGUGGCCAUAAGAAACAUUGGGAUGAACAUGACCAUCAUGGUGAACAUCACGAACAUGGUCAUCACCACAAAGGUGAGAAACACGGUCACCAUGAACAUCACGAUAAAGGUGAACACGUUGAUGGAUACCAUAAGAAACAUCACAAAGACCACUUCCAUAAGGACCAUCAUUUCCAUGAUGGCCAUCAUGAUGAAGGCAAGCACCAUAAAUAUGGACACCACCACGGACACCACGAGAAGCACGGAGGACAUCACAAGAAAGGCGGCCAUCACCAUUCCGGCCAUCAUGAGGGUCACCAUGGCAAGCACGGACAUCAUGACAAACAUCACUAUGACGAAGACCAUCAUGACCACAAAGGCCAUCACGGACACGACGAACACCACCAUCAUCAUCAUGACCAUGGCAAGAAAGGCGGGCAUGAGGACCACAAGCACUGGGGAUUCCACCAUGGAAAACAU